AUGAUUGUUCAGUCGAAGUUUGUUGUCCUUUCAGCUCUGGUCACUGGUGCAGUCUCUGCCAUCAGUCCCGUCUCGGACCUACACAUCGUCAAUCAAAAUAUUGCUCCUGAUGGGUUUAAUCGCGACGCUGUCCUCGCUGGGGGUACAUUUCCUGGUCCACUCAUUACAGCCAAUAAGGGAGACUCGUUUUCGGUCAAUGUUCACAAUGACCUGGUGGACGGCACAAUGGACUUGGUCACUGCCGUCCAUUGGCACGGCAUCACGCAGCAUACUACCACCUGGGCCGAUGGUGUCGCAUUCGUCUCACAAUGCCCCAUCGUUCCUGGAAACUCCUUCCAUUACAGCUUCAAUCCUGGAAAUCAAGUCGGUACCUACUGGUACCACUCGCAUUAUAGAGCGCAAUACUGUGAUGGCUUGAGAGGAGUCAUAGUCAUCUAUGACCCAAACGAUCCUUACAAGAGCUUGUACGAUGUGGAUGAUGAAUCUACGGUCAUCACCCUCGCCGACUGGUAUCGGUACCCUGCGCCUCAAGUUCAACCAGGACUGGGCCACGUAGCACACCCUGCGUCCACACUGAUCAAUGGUCUGGGCCGAGCUUUGGAUGGGCCUGCCGACGCCCCGCUUGCUGUCAUCAAUGUUGUUCAAGGAAGACGUUACCGCUUCCGUCUAGUCUCCCUCUCUUGUUUCCCUAAUUUCAUCUUUUCCAUUGCUGGCCACAAUAUGACGGUCAUUGAAGCGGACGGUGAAUACACGCAGCCGCUGGUUGUUGAUUCUGUCAACAUCUACGCUGGUCAACGCUAUUCUGUCGUUGUCAAUGCCACGCAGACGGUCGACAAUUAUUGGAUCUGCUCUCAGCCAAUAUUACCUCUGGGUGCAAAUUUGACUAUCGAUAACUCUUGCAGCAACACUCGCAACUCCGCCAUCUUCCGCUACCAGGGCGCUCAGGAGACGGAGCCUCAAACCUCCUUUUCAGGGAACGGCGCGGCUCCCCUUAUUGAGACUAACCUCCACGCGCUUGUCAAUCCGGCAGCGCCCGGCACUCCCGGUGCUGGCGGCGCAGAUGAAAAUAUCAACCUUCAAGUUACAUUGGUACAAGAACCUUCUGACAACACGAGUUUUGUAUACCAAGUGAACGGUGUGACUUUUGAGUCCCCCGACAUCCCGACACUCCUUCAGAUUAUAAGCGGGUUACCGGUCCUGUUGCCUAUCGGGUCUACCUAUCGUGUGCCGCGGAACAAGGUCAUCGAGCUCACAAUCCCUACAGGCGCGCAGGGCGGAGAACAUCCCGUCCAUUUACACGGCCAUUCCUUCUCGGUUGUCCGCAGCGGUGGGAGCGACUCUUACAACUACGUGAACCCUGUCCGCCGUGACGUAGUUAGCAUGGGCCCUCAAGACUCCAACUCUAAUGUCACUAUCAGAUUCACAACCGAUAAUCCUGGGCCUUGGAUUUUCCACUGCCACAUCGACUGGCAUCUCGAAGAGGGGUUCGCCGUAGUCUUUGCUGAAGAUGUUCCCAGUAUCGCGUUGACAAACCCAGUUCCGCUGGAGUGGUCUGCCUUAUGCCCGAUUUAUAAUACAUGGCUCCUGACCCACCCGAACUGA